CAUCUGAUCAAAACAUUCAUUCAUUCAUGUUUGGGAUGUGUAAUUUUUCAUACCGGCUAGAAACAAAAGAGUUGUGAGUGUGUUAGUGACAGUUCUUGUUGGUCGCUGGUAGGGAAAUCAUCAUUCACCAUGGUGCUUGAAAGUACUAUGAUUUGUGUUGACAACAGCGAUUUCAUGAGAAAUGGAGACUUUCUGCCAACUCGGCUGCAAGCUCAACAGGAUGCAGUGAACCUAGUUUGUCAUUCCAAGACUAGGAACCCUGAGAAUAAUGUUGGACUCCUCACGUUGGCAAAUGUUGAAGUGCUGGCCACCCUCACAUCUGAUGUCGGACGCAUUCUGUCAAAAUUGCAUCAGGUUCAACCUAAUGGAUCCAUGAACUUGCUGACUGGCAUUCGUAUUGCCCAUUUGGCGCUGAAGCAUCGUCAAGGCAAGAACCACAAGAUGCGGAUUGUAGUCUUUGUUGGAAGCCCCAUCACCGCUGAUGAGAAGGACCUAGUAAAGCUUGCAAAACGUCUGAAGAAAGAAAAAGUCAAUGUUGAUCUUGUUAGUUUUGGAGAGGAACUCUCAAACAAUGAAAUGCUUACUACCUUCGUCAAUACCCUGAAUGGCAAAGAUGGCUCUGGAAGCCACCUUGUGAGCGUUCCUCCUGGUCCCCAUCUAUCUGAUGCUCUCAUCUCCUCUCCUGUCAUACAGGGUGAGGAUGGCACAGGCGGUGCUGGUUUGGGUGGAGCUGGCUUUGAAUUUGGAGUGGAUCCUAAUGAGGACCCUGAACUGGCUUUGGCCCUCCGUGUCUCCAUGGAAGAACAGCGCCAAAGGCAGGAGGCCGAGACUCGCAGAGCUAUGGCUGCUUCUGAAGGAUCAACUCCUGUGCCUGCCACUAUCAAGGAGGUUCCCAAUGAAGAGGCUAUGCUGGAGCAAGCUUUGGCUAUGUCCAUGGAAGUUGAAGAUGACACCAGCGCUGGAGCAGCUCAGCCAGACAUUGCAAGCAUGACUGAGGAGGAACAGAUUGCCUUUGCCAUGCAAAUGUCCAUGCAGGAUGCCAAAGACAUGGCUGACCCUGACAAGGCAGGUGGUAAACCAAAAGCAGCAGCAGAGAGCAUGGAUGUUGAUGGUGAAGAAGAUUUAGCAGAGGUUAUGAAUGAUCCUGCCUUCCUUCAAAGUGUUUUGGAAAAUCUUCCUGGAGUUGACCCCCAGAGCGAGGCUGUGCGCCAAGCUGUAGGUUCACUUUCCAAGGAUAAAGAAAAGCAGGAAAAGGACAAGAAAAAGGAUGGAAAGUAGGUUAUUUUUUCUAUUGUAUUAUAUCUUUUAAAACUGAUUCAUACUGAAUGUGAAUAGUGAAGAGAAAAAGCAGAGAAGCUCAGGAAAUUAUUAUCAUAGCUUUGGAAUGAUGUCUUUUGUGCUGUAUCUAAAUGCUGGAACUAAUCUUUCACCAUUGCUACAUCUAGUGUUUUGUAAAAUUAGUACAUGUUGGCCUGUAAGGAAAAUUAAAUAUGUUUGUCACAACAUUA